CAACUAGGCCAGCGAAAGCCGGCUACGUCCUAUGUACGGACCACCAUCAACAAGAAUGCCCGGGCCACCCUCAGCAGCAUCAGGCACAUGAUCCGCAAGAACAAGUACCGCCCUGAUCUGCGCAUGGCCGCCAUCCGCAGAGCCAGCGCCAUCCUGCGCAGCCAGAAGCCUGUGAUGGUGAAGAGGAAGCGGACCCGCCCCACCAAGAGCUCCUGAGCCUGCACCCGAAAAUCAAUAAAGAGUCAGCCAGCUUUUUUC